AUGGUUCUGAAUCUUCUGAUACUGCUUAAUCUUUGUUCAUUAGUUGGAAUAGCCAUGGCUGUUCCUCUACAACUAUCCCUGCCAGGCUGCGACGAAAAAUGCGGAAAUGUAACCAUACCAUACCCAUUUGGCUUCAAAGAUGGAUGCUUUAGGGAUCCUGAUUAUAGUAUUACAUGUGAUCAGGCAUGGAAUGGUGGCACACCCACAAUCUAUGGCAUUGAGGUUCUUGAGAUAUCAUUAUUGGAUGCCCAAGUCAUAGUGAAGGAUGAGUAUCCUUCUUCUGAAUGCUUCAAUGCUACAGGCGGGAGAAAUUCUUCUUAUAGAGGGCAUAAUCUAGUAAAUAGCCCAUUCACGUUCUCAUCGAAACGCAACAAGCUUAUAGCCAUCGGAUGUGACACCGUUGCCUACUUUGAUUCAUAUUUUUCUGGCAGCAAUUUUACGAGUGGGUGCAUAUCUCUGUGUGAAAGUAUGGAUAGUGUGACGAAUGGUUCUUGCUCUGGAAUUGGUUGUUGCCAGACCUCAAUCCCUUUGGGCAUCAAAAAAUUCUAUGUGAGAUUUGAUAGUUAUUAUGACCAUGCUAAGAAUUUGGAGUCAAACCCUUGCAGCUUUGGUUUCUUGGGCGAUCCAAAUUACUUCACCUUCAAUUCAUCAGAUCUUUCGGUCAAUAGUUUCAACAGAUCGAAGACUCCAAUUGUGUUGGACUGGGCAAUUGGGAAUCAAACAUGUGAAGAAGCACUUCAUAAUGAAUCUUAUGCUUGUGGUCCAAAUAGCAAUUGCUCUGAUUCAAUCAAUGGUCCCGGCUAUGGCUAUCAGUGUAAUUGCAGAGAUGGUUUUGAGGGCAACCCUUAUCUCCUUCAACUAGGAUGCCAAG